AUGGCUUCGUGGGCUUGUAAGUCCACGCACGCGGCAACCGAGUGUCCACACAUCUGUGCACCCACUUGGCAAGCGGGUCCGUUCCUCCGCUACGUUAACCGCUUUCAGAUUCCAAAACUGACUGAUGGAGAAUGGGCAGAGGGUGGAGGCAACAGUGGAAAACCUAAAGUCGACAUCUCUGUUGAUCCUAAAACUUUACAGAGGACACUGUGGCCAGUCUGCUUCCUUGGGGCUGAGCUACAAUCAAAGGGGGCACUCCAACAGUCACCUGGAACCCUACGGUUUGAAGCUACGGAGGUGUUGGGGGUGGUCAGGGAGCCGCUGGCGGGGAUGGUUGUGGGUUGGGGGCCGGGGCUGGAUGGGGCUUUAGAACAUGUGCCGGACAUUGUUGCAGAGGCCGCGGCGCGCGCGGAGGGGAGCUCUUUCUCUCCGCAUUUGGCCGCGGACCACGAGAGGGCACCGAAGGCGCGGGGAUGCCGGUGUCCCGGGGGCGUCCUGGCCCUGCCCGCGCGUCAGUUCUGCACUCCCCCAGGCUCAGUCGCCAUCCUGGGCCAGGAGGGCACCUUCUCUCUGAUUAUUGAAGCUCUCCACACAGAUUCUCCUGAUGACCUCGCAACAGAAAACCCAGAAAGACUCAUCAGCCGCCUGGCCACCCAGAGGCACCUGACCGUGGGCGAGGAGUGGUCCCAGGACCUGCACAGCAGCGGCCGCACGGAUCUCAAGUACUCCUACCGCUUCGUGUGUGACGAACACUACUAUGGAGAGGGUUGCUCUGUUUUCUGCCGCCCCCGGGACGAUGCCUUCGGCCACUUCACCUGUGGGGAGCGUGGGGAGAAAGUGUGCAACCCUGGCUGGAAAGGGCCCUACUGCACAGAGCCGAUCUGCCUGCCGGGAUGUGAUGAGCAGCAUGGAUUUUGUGACAAGCCAGGGGAAUGCAAGUGCAGAGUGGGCUGGCAGGGCCGGUACUGUGACGAGUGCAUCCGCUAUCCAGGCUGUCUCCAUGGCACCUGCCAGCAGCCCUGGCAGUGCAACUGCCAGGAAGGCUGGGGGGGCCUUUUCUGCAACCAGGACCUGAACUACUGCACACACCAUAAGCCCUGCAAGAAUGGGGCCACCUGCACCAACACGGGCCAGGGGAGCUACACUUGCUCCUGCCGGCCUGGGUACACAGGUGCCACCUGCGAGCUGGGGAUCGACGAGUGUGACCCCAGCCCUUGCAAGAAUGGAGGGAGCUGCACGGAUCUCGAGAACAGCUAUUCCUGUACCUGCCCACCUGGCUUCUAUGGCAAAAUCUGUGAAUUGAGUGCUAUGACCUGUGCGGACGGCCCUUGCUUUAAUGGGGGCCGGUGCUCAGACAGCCCCAAUGGAGGGUAUAGCUGCCGCUGCCCUGUGGGCUACUCUGGCUUCAACUGUGAGAAGAAAAUUGACUACUGCAGUUCUUCACCCUGUUCUAAUGGCGCCAAGUGUGUGGACCUCGGCGAUGCCUACUUGUGCCGCUGCCAGGCCGGCUUCUCGGGGAGGCACUGUGACAACAACGUGGACGACUGCGCGUCCGCCCCAUGCGCCAACGGGGGCACCUGCCGGGAUGGCGUGAAUGACUUCUCCUGCACCUGCCCGCCCGGCUACACGGGCAGGAACUGCAGUGCCCCUGUCAGCAGGUGCGAGCACGCACCCUGCCACAAUGGGGCCACCUGCCAUGAGAGGGGCCACCGCUACGUGUGCGAGUGCGCCCGGGGCUACGGGGGUCCCAACUGCCAGUUCCUGCUCCCCGAGCUGCCCCCAGGCCCGGCGGUGGUGGACCUCACUGAGAAGCUAGAGGGCCAGGGCGGGCCAUUCCCCUGGGUGGCCGUGUGCGCCGGGGUCGUCCUUGUCCUCAUGCUGCUGCUGGGCUGUGCUGCCGUGGUGGUCUGCGUCCGGCUGAGGCUGCAGAAGCGCCGGCCCCCAGCCGACCCUUGCCGGGGGGAGACGGAGACCAUGAACAACCUGGCCAACUGCCAGCGUGAGAAGGACAUCUCAGUCAGCGUCAUCGGGGCCACGCAGAUCAAGAACACCAACAAGAAGGCGGACUUCCACGGGGACCACAGUGCGGACAAGAAUGGCUUCAAGGCUCGCUACCCCGCGGUGGACUAUAACCUCGUGCAGGACCUCAAGGGUGACGACGCCACCGUCAGGGACACGCACAGCAAGCGUGACACCAAGUGCCAGCCCCAGGGCUCCUCAGGAGAGGAGAAGGGGACCCCGACCACACUCAGGGGUGGAGAAGCGUCGGAAAGAAAAAGGCCAGACUCGGGCUGUUCAACUUCAAAAGACACCAAGUACCAGUCGGUGUACGUCAUAUCCGAGGAGAAGGAUGAGUGCGUCAUAGCAACUGAGGUGUAAAAUGGAAGUGAGAUGGCAAGAUUCCUGUUUCUCUUAAAAUAAGUAAAAUUCCAAGGAUAUAUGCCCCAACGAAUGCUGCUGAAGAGGAGGGAGGCCUCGUGGACUGCUGCUGAGAAACUGAGUUCAGACCGAGCAGGUUCUCCUCCUGAGGUCCUCGACGCCUGCCGACAGCCUGCCACGGCCCGGCCGCCUGCGGCUCUGCCUUCCCUGACGUCGCCGUUGCACUAUGGACAGUUGCUCUUAAAAGAAUAUAUAUUUAAAUGGGUGAACUGAAUUACGCAUAAGAAGCAUGCACUGCCUGAAGUGUAUAUUUUGGAUUCUUAUGAGCCAGUCUUUUCUUGAAUUAGAAACACAAACACUGCCUUUAUUGUCCUUUUUGAUACGAAAAUGUGCUUUUUCUAGAUGGAAAAGAUGUGUGUUAUUUUUUGGAUUUGUAAAAAUAUUUUUCAUGAUAUCUGUAAAGCUUGAGUAUUUUGUGAUGUUCAUUUUUUAUAAUUUAAAUUUUGGUAAAUAUGUACAAAGGCACUUCGGGUCUAUGUGACUAUAUUUUUUGUAUAUAAAUGUAUUUAUGGAAUAUUGUGCAAAUGUUAUUUGAGUUUUUUACUGUUUUGUUAAUGAAGAAAUUCCUUUUUAAAAUAUUUUUCCAAAAUAAAUUUUAUGAAUGACAACCAGAA